AAUAUUGAAAGACAUAUGAAAGAUAUAAAUAAUAUAUAAAACCAUAAUAUCUCUAAAGAAUAUGAGAUAUAAUAAAAGAUAUAAAAACGUUUUAAUGAAUAACAGUAAUAAAAAAAAUGUAUUAUCAGAUUUGAUUUAUCUAACUAGUUCAAUCGUGAAUCGUAAACUAUUAGAGAGUAGAUGUAUGUCAAAUUGUUAAUAGUUAAGCAUACACACACACACACACACACACAACACACAAUUCAAUAAAACCGCUAUAACGACGACAACAAUAAUCGGAAAAAUACAUAGAACAUUGAUAAUAAAACAAUAUACAAUUGCAAAUAUAUUACAUAGUUAAGAUAUUAAUUACCUCGUCUAAAGACAUUUUCAGAUUGUUAAUUUAUAUUUAUCGAGAAAAACAAUUUGAUUAUUAUUAAUUAGUAGAAAAGAUUAGAGUAGGAAACACUGUUGAGAGAAACGUGCACGGAGAAGUACGACGUUAUAAAUGAGUACGUGCAGAGGUCGUAACUGUUUUCAUUUUCUGAGAUCGUUAAGGUUUAUACGCAACAAAAAAAAAAGAAAAAAGAAAGAGAGAGAGAGAGAGAGAGAGAGAGACGACAAAAUUUAUUUCAUACGAUCUGUAAAAAGAGAAAAAAGAAACUGUCUUAUAUUUCGUAUAACCUUUGACCCAAAUCUUGAUCUUUACUUUCCUUUAAUUCAUUUCAAUAAAAUAUAUAGAUCGUAUGCAUUUAAAAAUUUUAUAAUUCGCUUAGCAACAAUGAUGGCGCUGCCUGUCCGAUCUCAAACCUAAAAGCUAGUAUCCAUUAGUGAAACUUCGUCUUAUUGAGAUGACCCAAAAACAAGUUGUUACUAUGACAAAUAUAUCUUAUAUUAUCGACCUUUGUGCGUAUAUGAAAUGGUAAAUCAACAGUAAUGAAAGUGCCAGUUAAUUGGGAAAGAUGAUGGAAAGGAAAAAUAUAAUCUUUCGAUAGUUCAUUUCCAUUAUUAUCAGACGGAGUUUAAUUAGUUUUAAUCAAAGUUUAUCGAAAGAAUAAUAAACGUAUUGUGUUAUCCUUAUAGGUAUUUAUUAUAAUUAUUAAUAUCGUAAAAUAAAUUUUGACAACAAUUUUUCAAUGUUAUUUUCCAUUAAUCUUUUUUGCCUUUAAAUAUCUUAUGUAAACACUCGUGUGAUGAGUUAUUUUAACAAACGAACAUGUCUUCGAUCGAAAGUUGAUUAAAUAAUAAAAUAUGUAUACCAUUGUGUUACUAGGAUAUUAUCUAUGUCGCAUAUUACAUUGAAACGGAUAUCGAUUUUUCUUUUGCUUUUUUUUUCUUUUUUUCUUUUUGCUCUUUACACCAUGUGUAAAAUUAAAAUGUAAUGGAUAAGUAAAUAUGGAAAGAUUUUUAUAGAUAAAAUUACGAAAAAAAAAAAAAAAAAAAAAAAAAAAUGUAUAUCAUUAAGUGUAUAUCAAGUCUUUUCAUUAUACUUUUAAAUAUUCGAGAUAAUGAUGCCGUUAAAAUAUUUAUAGCUUUUGUUUGCGCGAAUUAAUUCCUGAGAAAAAUUUAUUUGUUAUCAAUUUUAAAUUAGCGCUUAAAUAUUCACAAUACAAAAUGGCGAAAUCAGAAAAUAUUAGCAGGAUCGUAUCUACAAAUGAUUUCAAAAUGGGUCAUCGAAAAUGACAAUUAAUUCGUACUAUUUUUUGUUAAAUGAUGGUUAAUCAGUCGAUUUAUUCGAAUGUAAAAAGAUUGAUUACAUUGUUAGAAAAUUUUAAAAAAUUUAUAAUGUUAUAUAAGAUCACUUAUUAAUUAGAUAUAAAAAUGGGAUGCAAUAAGAACCUUUAUUUUCAACCUGAUAUAUACGUUCCUGAAAAUUGCUUUUGCCGCUCGUUCAUAGUAGCACCCUAUGUCAGCAGUGCUAUUUCUAAUGUUUAAAAUAAAUUCUCUCAAAUAAUUAUUACAUGCUUAAUAAUAUUUCCAUAAAUAUAUAUAUAUAUACAUAUAUAUGUGUGUUUUUUAAUACGUGAAUUUUCAAUAUUAAUCAUGCCUCGCCACAAACAACGAAAACAUCCACUGAUAGGAGAAGACACUAGAAUAGCAGUAAACUUAACUUUGAAGAAAUUAUUGGAAACACCGGAUCAAAAAGAAUUAGAAUUUCCAUCUUCUUAUACAGCAAUAGAACGAGCUUAUAUCCAUGAACUUGUUAAGGAUCUUGGCUUAAAAUCCAAAAGUAGAGGUAAAGGCAAAAACCGAUUUUUAACGGUAUACAAGAGAGAAGGAUCUACCAUAGUUCAAGCUGAUGCUGUAAUCAAGCUGCAAAAGUCAUCGAAACAAAGUAUUUAUGCUUUAUUAAAUAAUUUCCCAUUGAAUCAUAAAGAAUGUCAAGAUUUAUUACCUCCAAUGGAAAGAGAACGGCCUCUUAAUGCAGAUGUUAUUACAAAUACAAAGGCUAUGGGUCGCUUGAACAGUAGCAUCCCACAAGUACCACAAUUAAAGACAAAUUUUGAUGUAUUGAAUUUUCGUAAAUCACUUCCAAUUUUUAAUGCACGAGAGGACAUUUUAAAUGCUUUGGCUAACAAUCAAGUAGUGAUAAUAGCUGGGGAAACAGGAAGUGGUAAAACCACACAAGUACCUCAAUAUAUAUUAGAGCAUUGCCAGCAAAGACAUCAAAUUUGUAGGAUUAUAUGUACUCAACCAAGGAGACUUUCUGCAGUAUCCGUUGCAGAAAGAGUAGCAUUUGAAAGGGACGAAAAAAUUGGACAAACAUUUGGUUAUCAAAUUAGACUUGAAAGUAGAGUUGCGCCUAAAACUCUUUUGACAUAUUGUACUAAUGGGGUUCUUCUUAGGACUCUUAUGGGUGGAGAUUCUGCCUUGACUACAGUCACGCACAUAAUAGUGGAUGAAGUUCACGAACGUGAUAGAUUUUGUGACUUCCUUUUGAUAGCAUUAAAAGAUGCAAUGAAUAAAUAUAGAUCAUUGAAAAUUGUGUUAAUGAGUGCUACAUUAGAUACUACUAUUUUUGCAAAGUACUUUGAUAAAUGUGUUGUUAUCAAUAUUCCUGGUAGAUUGUAUGAAGUUGAAACAUAUUUCCUUGAGGAUGUUUUGAAAAUGACCGGCUAUAUGACUAAAGAAAUGAUUAGGAGAAAAAAAGAAUUUUUAAAUAAAAAGGAACAGUGCAAGGUCUUAGAAUCUUGGACUCAGUACAAGCCACAAAUAUCUGGUAAAGGCCCAUUGAAUGAAAGAUGUUUGUUGCCAGCACCGAUAUUAGCACAACAAAAUGAGCCUAUACCAGAGAAAGUUAAACUGGAACCGUGGUUGAUAGAGGAAGUAGACAAAAGUAUAUCGGACGCAUGGUUAUGUGGUGGAGAAGAUAAUUUUGCACAAUUAUUGCAUUUCAUACUUUCCGAAAAUGUUUCAGUAGAUUAUCAGCAUUCUAAGACAUUAGUUACACCAUUGAUGGUUGCUGCAGGUAGAGGAUGCAUAAAUACUACCGAACAGCUUUUAAAUCUUGGAGCAAAUUUGAAUCUUCGAGCUGGUAACGAGUGGACUGCAUUAGAUUGGGCAAAAAAUAUGAAACAAAUCGAAUGUGCAGAAUUGAUUGAGGCAUAUAUGAAAACGUAUGAUUGUGCAGUGCAAGAUUGUGAAAUAGUACAAGGUGACAACGUUUCUAUUUCUGAAGAAGAUAAAAUGUUAUUAGAUGUAUAUCAUCAUACAUUCAAUGAUGAAAAUAUUGAUCAUGAUCUUCUUUUACAUCUCGUUAUAUAUAUCCAUUUGAAAAUGCCACCAGGUUCAUUAUUAAUAUUUUUACCUGGUUAUGAUGAUAUAGUAACUAUGAGAGAAAGAAUAAACGGCGAAGAAAAGAAAAUGAAUCAAGGCCUUCGUUACAAUUUAUUUGUACUUCACUCAAAUAUGCAAAUAUGUGAUCAGAAAAAAGUAUUCAAGCCUAGUAUGCAAGGAACUAGAAAGAUUAUUCUUUCUACAAAUAUUGCAGAAACAAGUAUUACGAUCGAUGAUGUUGUUUACGUGAUUGAUUCAGGAAAAAUAAAAGAAAAAUCAUUCGACGCGAUAUCCGGUGUAUGUACGCUUCGUUCAAAUUGGAUAUCACAAGCAUGUGCAAAGCAACGAAAAGGAAGAGCUGGCAGAUGUGGAAAAGGAUUCUGUUAUCGUUUAUUCUCAUCAAUUCGUUUUAGCAGUAUGCAAUUACAUCAAACACCUGAAAUCUUACGAUUACCCUUGCAAGAGUUAUGCCUUUUUACAAAACAUUUGGCACCAGGAAAUACACCAAUUGCAGAAUUUUUAGACAGAGCUUUAGAGCCACCAUCCAAUAUAGUAACUAGAAAUGCCGUACAAUUAUUGAAGACAAUCGAUGCAUUGGACCCAUGGGAAGAUCUUACCGAAUUAGGAAGUCAUUUAUUAGAUAUACCGAUUGAACCAAGAUUAGGGAAAAUGUUGUUAUAUGCAGUUGUUUUGAAAUGUCUCGAUCCAAUUCUAACGAUCGUUUGCAGCUUGGCAUAUAAAGAUCCAUUUAUUCUGCCAGCUCAACCAUCACAAAAAAGGGCUGUAGCUGCUGCACGCAAAAAAUUUGCUACCGGGACAUUUUCAGAUCAUAUGGCUGUAUUGCGAGCAUUUCAGGGCUGGCAAAAUGCAAGAGCUAGCGGGAAGGAACGUAGUUUCUGUGAAAAAAAUUUCAUUUCAGCGCCUGUUAUGGAAAUGGUAGUUGGAAUGCGAACUCAACUUCUUGGUCAACUUCGUGCAUCUGGAUUUGUUAGAGCGAGAGGUGCUGGUGACAUUAGAGAUUUGAAUACCAAUUCUGAAAAUUGGGCGGUCGUUAAAGCAGCUUUAACAGCUGGUUUAUAUCCAAAUAUAAUCAGAGUCGAUCGGGAUCAUAUGCAACUAAGAACGCAAAAAGAAGUGAAGGUCUUUUUCCAUCCAUCAUCGACGUUAAGAGAUUUUCCAAAAUCUCCUAGAAUGACUUAUGCUCAAACUCAUGCAGCUAAUGUAGAAUCAUUACCGUCCGAUUGGUUACUCUAUGAAGAGAUGAGUCGUACUGGUCGGUUUUGUCAUGUUAAAAUCGUUACGCUCGUUAAUCCCUUGACCGUAGCACUUUUCAGUGGUCCAGCAAGAUUACCUAUGGAUACUAUUUAUGAAGCUGGUGCAAUACCCGAAAGCGAAUCUGAUUCCGAAGUGGAUGAAAAUCAUGAGGGUACUAUUUUUAAGUUGGACGAUUGGAUUGUAUUUAAACUUGAUCUUGAAACUGUACAAUUGUUUUUAAAUUUACGACAAAAAUGGAACGCCCUAUUUUUACGGCGUAUGAAAGCACCAGGAAAACCUAUGUCACAAUUAGAUGAAAAAGUUGUUAGUACAUUAGUUACAGUUCUAACUAAUGAGGAGCAAGCAUGUGGAUUGCAACAACCUUCAGGAAUUGGACAAAGACCUCGUCCAUUAAUAGUCGAUUAUUAUCCUGCAAAUGCUAGAAGAGCAGAUGACUUUGUAGAGAGAAAUUUUUAAAGAGAGACAUUGUUUUACUUUAAAGAAAUGGAAAAGAAAGUUGUAAUCAUGUACAGUUUUAUAUUAUUUAAAAAGAUAUGUUCUUCUUAAUGGUUUUUAUAUUACUCUAUGAUGUCUUAUAUUUACAUCACUCUAUUUCUAUGAGAGUAGUUGUAUACUGUUUAUAAAUGGUUGCUUAAAUAAUGAUAAUUCAAUUAACAACAUUAAUCGAGUUUUCAGUAUUAUAGGAAUUAUUAUUGCCAGAUAAAGUAAUGGAGUGAAAAAGUUUAGUAUGACGUGUAAUGUAACUACUGUAUAUAUCGUUUUACCAUUGGCUUGAUAGUGAUACAUUUAAAUGUGUUCUUUGCUAUAAAGGAAAUAAUAUAAAAAAUAUAAAUUUUAUUUUUUAUUAAAUUAUUGCAUAUUUAAUAAUUUAAGAUAAUUAUUUCACAAGUAUAAUAAAUUUAUUUACUUUCUUUACAUCUUCAUAUCUAUUAUCGAAUGGAGCAUAUAAAUUGUUUUUAUUCUAAUUCAUGAAUGUUUGUUUGUUUGUUUGUUUGUUUGAUGCAUUACGUUAUUUUAUUUGAUGCCAAAUUAUUAAAGGAAAAAAGAAAAAAAAAACAAAAAGGAAGUUAUAAAGAGCGCAAAAAAACAAAAAAAUAUAUUAUAUAUUUUGUAUAUGUAUAAAAUUUGUCAUUUUUAAUUAAACUUUUCAUUUAAUUGCGCUUAUAAUUUUUAGCAAUAGAAUUAAAUUUUUCAAAGCAGUGUUUUAUAACUUGAAUAACAUAUUGGAGUUUACAUAUAUAUAUUUACAUAAUUAAAUCGAUUAACUUAAUUAAGUUAAUUACUAAUUAUUAAUUAGUAAUUGAUUUUAUAUAUAUAGUAAAUACUCUUAUCAUUGAUAUUAUAUUUUCAGAAUAGCUGACUAUAAUAUUAUUUUGUAUUAAUUCACUUACCUUAAUUACGUUACCUUCAAUAAAAGGUAAAAGGAUAGAUCGAUUUUGCAAAGACACUUUUAUUAAUUACAGUAGUUAUAUCUUACAAUACUUGGCUUUUUAUUUUUAUUUUUUUUUUAUUUUUUAUUUCAAUAUUUAAGUAGAUGAUAUUUUUGGUAAAAUGUUAUUUUUUGUUUUGUUGUAUGAAUAAUGUACUUUCGUUUCAAAGAUUUCCUAAAAAUUUAAUAAAAUUAUUUAUUAUUGCAUACUGGUACAUAUAAAUUAUAUCUUAUUAUAAAUAUUAUUUUUAUUUUUUUUAUUAUUCUUUUCUUUUUUUUUUUUUUUUUAUUAUCAAUUAAUAUUUUACAACCUGAUGUUGUUGAUACGAACUAUGCUGAUAAAAUUGAUAAAAUCAAUGUGUACCUUUCAGAAAGAUUGUAAUGUUCUUCGAUGUGAUAAUAAGAAAUAGAUGCUUAAAACUUUUGA